AUGGCUUGGAAGCCACUGACCUAUGAGGAGAAGGACAUCUUGAAAGCGCGCAAGAAAAUCCGUGCAGUGAAGAAAAUCGAGGACAGGUUGUGGUUGGAGGCGUACGCCGUGAAGGGUCAUGUGGAGCCAGGGCAACUGGCUAAGCUGCAACGCAAAGCCAAGCUGGAACAGGUGCCCGAAACGAUCUGCAUCAGAGUGAAGAGCGAAGCCACAAGAAAGGAGGACCAGGCAACCUCUCAACCCAAAGCCUUGCAGAAGGGCAAAGGCAAUGGGAAAGACAAUGAAGGACCAGAUGCGACGUUGAAGAUCAGUGCCGAAGCUCAGAGCGAAGUGAAGAACACAGAUUGCCAGAGCCCGACGACUGCGUCAGAUCGGCCGUCGACGCAAAGUGAGACUCCUGAGGAGUCGACUAAGCCUGGGCCAGCCGAAGGCCUGUACGGACUUGCCGUUCAGCACAUGUCAGAUGCUUGGCAUUCCGAAGAAUGUCCAACUUUCUUGUGCCUUGCAGGCAACAUCACACCAAGCACUGCCAGUGAGGAAGGGGGUGAUUCGCAGCGGCAGGAGCACAGACAUAAGUGCUUGCCCUGUGGCUUACAUGGAGAUGGGGGCCAAUUCCAGCGAAAUGAUAGCAUCAAUGUGAUCAGCAUGAGGAGCCUGCUAUCCAGCCCCAAUGUUGCUUCAAGCCAGCUCUUGCUACUGGCUUUGCCAAAGGGUGCCAUCAACAAGAGCCCUGAUGAUGCAGCAUCUGACACCAUGAAGGUCCUUUGGCAAGUACUCCAAUGGUCUUGGGAAGCUGCUUUCUACAACAAGUUUCCUGAAUUUGACCAUGCAGGGAACCCUUGGCCAGCAAAGUCUUGGAGACAGCAAAUGGCUGGUCAACCUUUGAGCAGAGAAGGCUUCAGAGCUUGCAUCUGGGCAGUGCAGGCAGAUGGUGAGUACCUCCAGAAUGAGUUCCAGCUGAAAGGUGCAUCACAUGAGGAGAUGUGCUUCAAUUGCUCAGCAAACAAAAGCACUCUCCCCUAUAAUGACUUCAGGCCCACUGCAGCUUGGAGGGCUACAGUGGUGGAGCAUGCAGGGACAUGUCCUACAGAUCAUGUGAUCAGCACCAUUCCAGGUGUGGUUGGUGAAAGCUUCAAAUAUGACACCCUACAUGUGCUAGAGGAAGGCCUCACAGCACAUGUGCUGGCCAAUGUCCUCUUUGACCUGGUUGUGAAGGUGGCUGGUACCUGUGCUGGAAGAGAUAUGCUUGGAAUUCCAGAGUACAGAGGUCGUCUUCCCAAUGAAAUGACUCGAAGUCUGCGUCGUCUCUCCCAAGCUUUAAAAUUGGACCCUUUCCUCGUGCAAACGGAGUGGGAGAAGCUGCGUCCAAUAGCUGCUGCGCAAAAAAAAAAGGGAAACCUUGACAAUCGAACUGCGUGGGCAGCGGCUUACGAGCACACGCAAAAGACUUCUGACUUGCGCAAGAAAUAUGGCCUGCAAUGCUUGCCACUGGCUUUGCAGGCAUACGUGUGCUGGAGCCCUUCCGCGUCUGGCGUGGAGCAAAGUUUCUCAAAGGCCGACCGUUGCUUUCAUGAAGGCCGCUUUGGGUCCUCGGCGACUGACACGGAGCGCAGAGCUUUAAUGAUCUUGUGCAUGGACACCACUUGGGACAAGGAGGUCGUUACUGGUGCUCGUCGCCUCUAUGCUAGCGCUGUCAAGAAACACAAGGGGAAACAACGAAAACCACGUAUGGACAAGGGCAUUGCAAAGGGGCAUUUUGCCAAUUCGGAAGUUUCCUUUUUGAAAAGAAAGAGGGAAUCCGUCAGAGAAGCCAUGUCAUCCGCGCCGGGUGAAAGUCUGGCUCAAGAGAACACAGGCGUGCUCUCUUCCAAAGCCCGCAAGGAGAUGCAGCUCCAGAAUCAGAGACGCUUGAAUCGCGCCAUUGAUGCGGCUGAGAAUGGUUACCUACUGGCAGAUGAAGAUGGGGACGCUCAGCAAGCCUUUGCGAAGUUGCAAAACAAGAAGCGCAAAUGUGAACAACAAGAUGCGAAACGCAUCGAAGCCAUAGCUCUUCGGAAGCAACUCUGCCAAGCUGUUUGCGAGCACCAGACUUGGAACUGGAAGAGCCUCGGGGCUCGAAAGGCCUGGUCGACAAGCUCCAUACCUGCGGCCGAGCUUGCUCCACUUGUAGCGGUGGCGGACCCGCGCGAGGCGUCUGUCUUCAUCCAUAGCCAAGAAACCAUUUCCGACAAGAUGUAUCUCAUGGCAAUCGCAGCUGGAGGCACUAUCCUGUCCAAGAGUAUCCUUCGAGGCGCAGGUGGUUUGCGACUCGAGUACCAAGCUGCUCCCUUUCGUCGACUACGACAAGAACAUGUGGGUAUUCAUUGCUCCAAGGCAUUUCGGGACCAGCAUCCGGAAUUUCUCAAGACCCUUGCUUGGGUUGUGGAAAAGGAAGGCUGGCGCAGAUUGAAGGUCUCUUCCUUGGACAAACAAAAAUCCAUUUGCCUACUUGCUGAAGGGGAUCCGGAGGGUCGCCACUUGAAGGCCAAAGCUUUGUUAGCUUUUUCGAAAGCAGAUUUCAUUGCCUUCCUGGCAAACAAAUGUCAAGCAAAGGAGAAGCUUCUUUGUCAAACAUGUUUAAGGGGUUAA